AUAUAUAAACAAAUCAACAUAUGCAACUUUUUACUGUAUUUGUUGGUAUUUAUAUAUUCGUUCAUUCAUUCAUUCAUUCAUUGAUUGAUUGAUGUAUUCUUCCAGUAUAAAUAAAAUCGGAUCCUUCACUGUGCUCGCUGUUUCUAUAAAAAGCUUUCAGAUGAAAUCGUUAUUGUCAUUAUUGUCAAGUGUGCUAUAAGCGUUCACUUCCUUCUACUGCUUCGCUGACAGAAACGUAGAUCGUUUUGUUGGUUUCAUUCACUCAAGUGCAUUAUCGUGUUUCCAAUAAAAAAAAAUAAAUAAAAAAAAUGAUAUUUAUUUGACUCAUGUGUGCUCUGACAUUCGUCGGCGUCGUACGUGCUCUUUAAAAAAAAACAACAUUUCAAGCAGGAAAAAACAAAAAAUCAACCGUACAAAAGUUAAUGAAAACAAAAAAUAUGUUAUUCAAAAAGAUUUCAACCAAAUUUAUUCUACUUGUAAGCAUAAUACAAAGCCUGGUAACGACAUUUGCAACAGGUACUUACUGCUCGCUCGAUAGCAUGAAAAUGUUCGCGAUGCAGGCUUGCGAACAUUUAUUUGAAUUUGACGAUUCGCAUGCGAGGGAAACGCGUUCCCUAUUUCAUGGCCAUAAUAAACAUAUGAACAGCGACAAUUUCGUUACCUCCAGAUAUCGUAGCGAGAAUAGGAAUCAUAUAUGUCGUAGUAUAUAUCCACCAGGUGGCUAUUUAAAGGUGAGCUUUAAACAUUAUCAAAAGCUCACGCGGCUAGAUGUGUUUCCUAAAUACAAGGCCAAGCAAACUUUGCAACGGGAGAAGAAGCGUCGGCAUAAACGCGACGACAAUAGUUAUUAUAACGGCAACAAUGACAACAAUAAUGAUAAUAGUAAUAAUAAUAAUAAUAAUAAUAACAACAACAACAACAAUAACAACAACAACAACAACGAUAGUAUUAUAUAUUGUUGCUAUCAUAUAUGUGACGAAGAAUUCUUUUGCUAAAGGAGAAGAAAUGUAAUGACAUAAGGAAGUGUUUGAUGCGCGUGUAAUUGUUCACUAAAACACUCAUAUCAUUUUUAUGUUUAUAUUUGAAUAAUAAUUACACAGUUGGCGGCAUAACGAUAAGUCGAUAUUUAAACAUAAAUAAUAUUUAUUUUUGUUAGUAUUAUGUAAAUUGUUAAACUAAAUAAAAAAAUUAUGAAAAUGACUUGGACUUGAUGAGUCUUUUCUCUCCUCAAACGCAUUUCUCUUGCAUACGAAGGUCGUACGGAAAAUUUCAUUUCUAAGCCAAAUAAGAAGGACA